CCGCAGUGUCCUUUGAGGAGGUGGCCGUGUUCUUCACGGAGGAGGAGUGGGCUCUGCUCAGUCCAGGCCAAAGACAGCUCUACUGGGAAGUGAUGCGGGACAAUUACGAGACGGUGGCCUCUCUGGAUGUGAGUGACGUUGUAGUUGAGAAAGAGCCAGAAAGGGUUAUUGUGGAAAGAGAUGAUGAACUGCAGGUAGAAGCGAAAUCUGGAGUUCAAGUAAUACCCAAGAGAGAGCGGAGAAGCAAAAGGAAAGGCAAACAGAAGCAGAGGAAGGAAUUGGUUACCCAUCAGAGCAGGAACGUACCUGAGGUCUCAACCGAAGAUGACAUACAAAAGAGAAAGAGAAAGCUGACAGGUCCAGUGUUUGUGAAAGGGUUGAUCUGCAAACUCAGAGUUAAAAAAUGUCAGAAAAUUACAACAUGCUGGAAAACAUACAAAUGCUUGGAGUGUGGCGAGAUUUUCUUUCAGAAGAGCAAGCUAGCUAAACACCAGAGGAUGCACACAGGGGAGAAGCCGUUUAAAUGCAUGGAUUGUGGGAAGAGCUUCUCUACGAAAGGAAACCUAACUAGCCAUCAAAAGGUUCACACAGGGGAGAAGCCAUUUAAAUGCUUGGAGUGUGGGAAGAGGUUCGCUCACAAAAACAGCCUAAUUUGCCAUCAUUCGGUACACACAGGGGAGAAGCCAUAUAAAUGCUUGGAGUGCGGGAAAAGCUUCUCUCAUAAUAGUUCUCUUUUUAAUCAUCAAAAAGUUCACACAGGGGAGAAGCCAUAUAAAUGCUUGGAGUGUGGGAAGAGGUUCUCUCACAAAAACAGCCUAAGUCGCCAUCAUUCGGUUCACACAGGGGAGAAGCCAUAUAAAUGCUUGGAGUGUGGGAAGAGCUUCUCUCACAAAAAUAGACUGACUAUCCAUCGAAGGAUUCACACAGGGGAGAAGCCAUAUAAAUGUUUGGAUUGUGGGAAGAGCUUCUCUCAUAAUAGUUCUCUUACUAAUCAUCAAAAAGUUCACACAGGGGAGAAGCCAUAUAAAUGCUUGGAGUGUGGUAAGAGGUUCAUUCACAAAAAUAGCCUAAUUCUCCAUCAAAAGGUUCACUCAGGGGAGAAGCCAUAUAAAUGCUUGGAGUGUGGGAAGAGCUUCUCUUAUCAAAAAAACCUAAUUCUCCAUCAAAAGGUUCACUCACGGGAGAAUCUGUAUAAAUGCUUGGAGUGUGGGAAGAGCUUCUAUUACAAUAGUAGCCUAACUAGCCAUCAGAGGAUUCAUACAGGGGAGAAGCCAUUUAAAUGCUUGGAGUGCGGGAAGAGCUUCUCUAACAAUAGUCACCUAAUUAGACAUCAAAAGAUUCACUCAGGGGAGAAGCCAUAUAAAUGCUUUGACUGUGGGAAGAGCUUCUCUGAGAAUAGUAGCCUAACUAUCCAUCAAAGGGUUCACACAGGGGAAAAGCCAUUUAAAUGCUUGGAGUGCGGGAAGAGCUUCUCUCAUUAUAGUUCUCUUUUUAAUCAUCAAAAAGUUCACACAGGGGAGAAGCCAUAUAAAUGCUUGGAAUGUGGGAAGAGCUUCUCUCACAAAAACAGCCUAAUUCGCCAUCAUUCGGUUCUCACAGGGGAGAAGCCAUAUGAAUGCUUGGAGUUUGGAAAGAGCUUCUCUAAUAAUAGUCACCUAACUAGACAUCAACAGAUUCACUCAGGGGAGAAGCCAUAUAAAUGCUUGGAAUGUGGGAAGAGCUUCUCUGAGAAUAGUUGCCUAACUAUCCAUCAAAGGGUUCACACAGGGGAGAAGCCUUAUAAAUGCUUGGAGUGUGGAAAGACAUUCUUUCAGAAUAGCAAGCUAACUAAACAUCAGAGGAUGCACAGAGGGGAGAAGCCAUAUAAAUGCAUGGAUUGUGGGAAGAGCUUCUCACAGAGGGGCAACCUAACUAGCCAUCAAAAGUUUCACACGGGGGAGAAGCCAUAUAAAUGCUUGGAGUGUGGGAAGAGCUUCACUCUGAACAGCCACCUAAAAAGACAUUACAGGAUUCAUACAGGGGAAAAGCCAUAUAAAUGCUUGGAGUGUGGGAAGAGCUUCUCUGAGAAGGAGAACCUAAAUAGACAUCAAAAGGUUCACACAGGGGAGAAGCCAUAUAAAUGCUUGGAGUGUGGGAAGAACUUCUCUCACAAUAAUAACCUAACUAGCCAUCAAAAGGUUCACACAGGGGAGAAGCCAUUUAAAUGCUUGAAGUGUGGGAAGAGCUUCUCUCAAAAUAGUAAGCUAACUCGCCAUCACACGGUUCAUACAGGGGAGAGGCCAUAUAAAUGCUUGGAGUGUGGGAAAAGCUUCUUUAAAAAUAGUAGCCUAACUAUCCAUCAAAGGGUUCACACAGAGGAGAAGCCAUAUAAAUGCUUUGAAUGUGGGAAGAGCUCCUCUCACAGUGGUAACCUAACUAGCCAUCAAAAGGUUCACACAGAGGAGAAGCCAUUUAAGUGUUUGGAAUGUGGGAAGAGAUUCUCUCACAGUUUUACCCUAACUAGGCAUCAAAGGGUUCACACAGGGGAGAGGCCACAUAAAUGCUUGGAGUGUGGGAACAGCUUCUCUCAUAAUAGUGCUCUAAUUGAUCAUCAAAAGGUUCACACAUGGGAGAAGCCAUAUAAAUGCCUGGAGUGUGGGAUUAGCUUCUUUCUGAAUGGCUCACUAAUUAGACAUCAAAAGAUUCAUGCAGGGGAGAAGCUAUAUAAAUGCUUAGAAUGUGGAGAGAUGUUUAGUGAGAGCCACAGCCUUAACUUACACCACAAGGUUCACACAGGGAAAUAG